AUGGAAUCUGAAUUCAUUACCAGGAGCAUGCCUAAACUUCCUCCAAAUUCUCCUACUCUCCUCUGUCUGCCUACUUGUUGGAAACAAGCUGCUCCCUUUUCCUUGCCUGGAGCUCAGCGUUCAACUUCCUGGCUACCUUCUUUCUGUGUGAAAGUUCGCGGUUCAGCUACUUCCACUGCUACUGAACUACAACCCACGGGUCAUUUCUACGACAAUCGUUCGCCAGGAGGAUGCGGCGAGGCAAACAAGGUAUCAAAGAGGCAGGGGAAGAUUGGUUUUCGAAAAGAGAGGCUAAAGCAGUAUUCAGCUAUGCUUCGCGAAUGUGCUUCUAAAGUGGCGCUAAACGAGGGGAGGGCAGUUCAUGGGAAUCUCAUUAGGAAUGGGGUGGUGCCGGAUUCUCAUUUAUGGGUUUCUUUAACCAGUUUUUAUGCUAAGUGCGGGCGUCUAGAGUUUGCACGCAAAGUGCUUGAUGAAACGCCUGAACGUGAUGUUGUGUCGUGGACGGCUUUAAUUUCCGGGUUUGUCAGCGAAGGGUGUGGGGAUGAUGCUGUUGCCCUCUAUUGUGUAAUGAGAAACGAAGACGUGAGGCCGAAUGAAUAUGUGUUGGCUACUACACUGAAAGCGUGCUCUCUCAGCUUGGAUGUGGAGCUUGGUAGGCAAGUACAUGCCGAGGCAGUAAAGGCCGGGUUGUUAACCGACUUGUUUGUUGCCUCUGGUCUUGUGGAUCUUUAUGCUAAAUGUAAGGAGAUAGAACUUGCAGAUUCAGUGUUCUUUAGCAUGCCUGAGAGGAACGAGGUCUUGUGGAACGUGUUGCUGAAUGGUUAUGCUCAACUUGGCAAUGGGAAAGCUGUUUUGAAGUUGUUUUCCCUGAUGGUUGAGUGGGAACAUAAGUUGAACCGGUUUACUUUGUCAACUGUGUUAAAGGGUUGUGCGAAAUCCGGGCAUUUGAAAGAAGGCAAGCUUUUGCAUUCUGUUGCAAUCAAGACUGGGCAAGAAGUUGACGAAUUUGUGGCGUCUUGUUUGGUUGAUAUGUAUUCCAAGUGUGGAAUGACAGGCUAUGCAUUACAAGUCUUCAAAAGGAUAAAAGAUCCUGAUCUUGUAACCUGGAGUGCAAUGAUUUCUGGUCUUGAUCAGCAAGGGUGUAGCCAUGAUGCAGCUGAGCUAUACAAGGCAAUGGUACUUGCAGGAGUUAGACCUAAUCAAUAUAUCUUUAGCAGCCUUGUUAGUGCUGCUACAAGUAUGGGGGAUCUGCGCUUUGGCAAAACGAUUCAUGCAUAUAUAUCUAAAUAUGAAAUGGAGGAUGAUAUGUUAGUCAGCAAUGCGCUGAUCAUGAUGUAUAUGAAGCAUGGACAGUUACAAGAUGGUAUUCAGGUUUUUAAUUCAAUGCCAGAGCAGGACACAGCAUCUUGGAGCUACCUUUUAUCUGGAUUUUGUGACUCUAACACGUGUGAGGAAGCACCAAGGAUCUUCUACCAGAUGCUUGUGGAGGGCUUCAAUCCCAACAUGUAUACUUUCAUAGACAUCUUAAGGUCAUGUUCUAGCCUCUCAGAUGUACAUUUCGGUAGGCAAGUGCAUACUCACAUCAUUAAGAACUGCAAUGACAGUAAUGAUUUUGUCAGAACUGCUCUUAUUGAUAUGUAUGCGAAAGGGAGAUGUAUAGAAGAUGCAGUAGCAGUGUUCAACAGAUUGGUUGAUCGAGACCUUUUUACAUGGACAACUAUGAUUGAUGGUUAUGCAAAAACAAAUCAACCAGAAAUGGCUUUGAAACAUUUUGUUGAUAUGCAAAGUGAAGGGGUAAAGCCCAAUGAGUUCACUAUUGCCAGCUGUUUAAAUGCAUGCUCCCAUAUGGCAACCCUGGAAGGAGGGCAGCAGCUACAUUCUAUGGUUGUCAAAGCUGGUCACACGGGUGACAUUAUUGUGGCCACUGCAAUCACUGAUAUGUACGGAAAAUGUGGAUGCUUGGAAGAUGCUGAGGCAAAUUUCAAAUAUAUGGUUUUGAGAGAUGCAGUCUCUUGGAACACAAUUAUUGCUGUUUAUGCAUACCACAGCCAAGGGGAAAAUGCUCUUCAAGCCUAUAGAAUGAUGAUAGAGAAAGGAUUUUUACCUGAUGAAGCGACUUUCUUAAGCAUCCUAUCCGUGUGCAGCAACAUGGGUUUAGUUGAGGAAGGAAAGAAGCACUUUGAGUCAAUGAGCAAAGUUUAUGGGAUUACACCUACGCUUGAGCAUUAUGCAUGCGUGGUCAAUAUUCUUAGUCGGGCUGGUCAGUUUGAUGAGGUUGAAGCCUUUAUUAAGGAGCAAAAAUUAAGCACACAUGCCUUAAUUUGGGAGACUGUGCUUGGAGCUUGUAAAUUGCAUGGAAAUCUUGACCUUGGUGAAACUGCUGCUAGGAAACUGUUUGAACUCCAACCCAAGGAGGACUCAGCUUACAUAUUUCUAUCGAACAUUUUUGCUUCUAAAGGUAGGUGGGACGACGUCCAGAAGAUCAGAGUAUUGAUGUCGGAGGAAGGCAUUAAGAAGGAACCUGGUUGUAGCUGGGUUGGUGUUGAUGGUCAAGUACAUGUCUUUGUUUCUCAAGAUGGUUCUCAUCCCAAGACAGAACAAAUCUACGCUAAGUUGCAGGAUUUGAAGCAAAGGCUGUCAUUCAGUGGUUAUAUACCAAAAACAGAAAAUGUGCUUCAUAACAUCAGCAGCAGAGAGAAAAUUGAGCAUCUCUGGCAUCACAGUGAGAGACUGGCUCUCGGUUUGGCCCUCAUAAGUGCCAGCCCUGGUAUGCCUAUACGUAUUUUUAAGAAUCUGCGGAUAUGCGAGGAUUGCCAUGAAGUUAUGAAGGUUAUCUCGUAUGUUACAAGUCGAGAAAUAGUAAUCCGCGACUUUAAGCGCUUCCAUCAUUUUAAGUUGGGUUCUUGCUCUUGCCAAGACAGUUGGUGA